UUUUUUUGUUCUCCAGUCCCUUUCAUCCUGGCUUUUUUCCACUCCUGGUGUUUCGUGACCACAUUGAACGGUGUCUCUUGUCGCAACCGUGAACGGAUCCCAUCGAGUGCUUUCCCAUUUUUAUUUUUCUUUUCCCUUCUCCUUUUGGCUUCUGUCCCCUCGGAUCGUCCUCGGCGAGAUUUGAGUCACAAAAUCCCCUCUGCCUUCGCACCCAUCCCUGCCCGAAAAUGACCGUCGCGAGGCUUUUCCCGCGGCCUCAGUCACUUUCCCGCUCCUUCACGGCGGCAUGGGAGAUGCAAGGCCGCCGAGGGAUCAGCCCUUCCCCCUCGUUUCCUGUCGCACAGGGUGUGGCCGGCACAUUCCGACCCUGUUCCACCUCUGCGCCGUCAUCGUCCGACAAUUUUGCCCGGUCGCAGAACGGUGCUAAUGUCCCUUCAGAUCGUUUCAUCUCUGCUUUGGACCACAACAAGCAGUGGGCGGCCAAGACCGCUCAGGAAUUUCCCGACCUCUUCCCCACGCUCGCGGUCGGUCAGCAUCCUGAAAUUCUCUGGAUUGGCUGCUCCGAUUCCCGAUGCCCCGAGACCACCUUGCUUGGCCUGAAGCCCGGCGAUGUUUUUGUCCACCGUAAUAUUGCCAACGUCCUCCACGCCGGUGACCUGUCGUCGUCGGCGGUGAUCGAGUACGCGGUUCGUCAUCUGCGAGUCAAGCACGUCGUCCUCUGCGGUCACACCGGAUGUGGAGGUGUCGCUGCUGCCAUGGGUAACAAGCAGCUGGGCAUCCUCGACCCCUGGCUCCUGCCUCUGCGUCAGAUUCGCCAACAGAACCUGUCCACUCUGCAGACCAUGUCCCCUGACCAAGCAAUGCUCAAGCUGGUGGAACUGAACGUGGAGGAGGGUGUGAAGCUGCUGAAGCAAAAGAGCGUCGUUCUGGACGCGAUUCACGAGCGGGGUCUGCAGGUCCACGGCCUGAUUUUCGACGUUGCCUCCGGUGUUCUCCGUCAGCUGGACACCAACGAGCCCGAGGAAGCCAUCAAGGCGCGACUAGUCUCGUUCAAGACGGAGUAAAAAUCCACGGUCGGCAUCGACCGUGCGAUGGUGUUGUUUUUCUGGGUCGGAUGGUUGGUUCGGUCAUCUGUUCAUUUUUGUUUCUCUCAGCGAAUUCGCGAAGGUGUUCAUGUCGGUUAAUUUCCCUGUGAGCGACAGACGUAAAAAUCUGUGCUCUUGAUCAUUGUUGUUAGUAUAUAACUUUUUUUUU